AACCUAACUUAAUUUAUUUUCAGGCAUCAACAAAUUAACAAACAAAGAAUCUUGAUUAUUUAAAAAUGAGUGCCCCAACUCCAAAAGCCUCCACCGAGACAAUGGAAGCCGAAGAGAUGGACACAACCCCGGUUUCCACCGAGGCCCUUUCGGCCGAAAAAUCGUCUAUGGACACAACAACCGACAAAAAUGUUAUGGCUUCGGGGGCCACUGGCUCGGUAACUUGCUCUUUACACCCCUUGGUCAUAAUGAACGUUUCCGAACAUUGGACCAGAGCCCGAGCUCAAGCCGAAGGCCAAGCACCACAAGUAUUUGGGGCUUUAAUUGGCAAACAGAAAGGCAGAAAUAUUGAAAUCAUGAACUCGUUUGAGCUGGUUGUGAACACCAUUGGCGAAAACACCAUUAUCGAUAGGGAUUAUUAUAACAUGAAAGAAGAACAAUUCAAACAAGUUUUUAGUGAAAUGGACUUUAUUGGUUGGUACACCACUGGAGAAAAUCCCAAUAACAGCGACAUUAAAGUGCAUAAGCAAAUAUGCGACAUCAACGAAUCACCCAUAAUGCUUAAACUGAACCCUUACGACAAAAAUAUUGAUCAUAUGCCGGUAGCCUUAUACGAAUCCGUAAUCGAUUUGGUCAGCGGCGAAGCCACAAUGCUUUUCGUCCCUCUCACUUACACUCUAGCAACAGAAGAAGCUGAAAGAAUCGGAGUAGACCAUGUUGCCAGAAUGGCCUCGAUGGAGUCAAAUGAAAGUUCUUUAGUGGCGGAACAUUUGACAGCUCAACACAGCGCCAUAAAAAUGUUACACUCCAGAGUCAAACUGGUUCUGGAGUACAUGAAAGCGGUGCAAAGCGGCGAGUUGCCGAGGAACCACGAGAUUUUGAGGGAGGCUUAUUCGAUGUGUCACAGGUUGCCGGUGGUGCAAAGUGCUCGGUUCCGGCAAGAUUUUUAUAAUCAAUGCAACGAUGUGGGAUUGAUGACGUAUCUGGGUACUUUGACUAAAAGCUGCAACGAUCUCAACCAGUUCGUUAAUAAGUUCAAUGUUUUAUACGAGAGGCAAGGACUUGGCAGGAGAAUGAGGGGAAUUUUCUUUUGAGUUAAUUUAACAUUUAAAUUUGUUUAUUUCAUCAUAAGAAUGUAUUUGGUUUGAAAUUUAUAAAUAAAUAUUCAUAGCCUA